GAAGCUAGAAGAAGAAGAUUCUUUAGAGCAACUAACUAAUACUAAUAUUGAAAUGUUUGUUUCAGAUAAUAUAAAUAAUUCAAAUUAUAAAGAUAAUGAAAUUAAUGAACCUUUAGAAAGAGAUAAAAUAGUAGAAUCUCUAGACAAUAUUGAAUCUUUAGAUGAAGAAUUAGAUAAUAAAUAUAUAGACAUCGAAAAAGAUUUUGAUAACUAUUUGCAAGAAUGA